AUGAAAAGAAAUAUAGAUGAUUUUGUAGUUUUGUCUCCAGUUAAUGAAUCAGUUGUUGUAGAAAACUCCAACGAUAAGCUGGAAGGCUUUAAUGAGGAGCCAAUUUUAGGAACAAGUUUGUGUAAUAACGAAAGCCCUUCUGAGUCGUAUACAAUUUUUUCCACUACGGAAAUGUACUUAUUGUCUCUAUUUGCUUCGUUUCUAGCAUUGUUUUCAUCCAUAUCCGUACCUAUUUACCUUCCAGUGCUUACUGAGCUUAAAAAAGAGUUUAAUGUUGACACGGAAAAGAUUAACCUUACCAUUGUCACAUAUUCAAUUUUCCAGGGAUUGGCCCCUGCUUUUUGGGGACCUCUUGCUGAUCGUUAUGGUCGCAGGCCAAUCUAUCCUUUCUGCUUGCUUAUUUACAUUGGAGCUAAUAUUGGUUUGGCCAUGGCCAAAAAUUAUGCAAUGCUUUUAGUUUUUCGAUGCCUUCAAGCUGCAGGCAUGGCUGCAUCUGUUUCGCUAGGUGCAGGUAUGGUUGGUGAUAUAACCCAGCGCAAAAAUAGAGGUACUUUUAUGGGAAUUGUAGGAGGUAUCAAUCUUUUGGGAAAUGCUUUAGGCCCUUUAAUUGGCGCUGGUAUUGCGUCUACAUGGAAUUGGCGAUCAAUUUUCUGGUUUUUAGUCAUUUCUUCUGGUGUUGCACUGGUUCUUGUUGUCAUACUCUAUCCAGAAACAAACCGUUCGCUCGUGGGAAAUGGAUCAAUUAUUCCUCGCAGACUAAUCAAUAUGGCACCCACAAUGAUUAUGUUUCACAGAAAGCAACUCAUCUCAUAUGAAACGGCUUUAGAAACUGGAAAAGGUAUGCUUUUGUCUUUUAAAGGACAUUCAAUAUUACGAUCUUUUCAACUUCUUUUCAAUAAAGAAGUUGUUUUAUUUCUUAUACCAGUUGGGUUACACUAUACUGUCUGGUUUGUUACUCUUACCAUACAAUCAACUUCACUUGUUCAACAAUACAACUUUACGAUAAUUCAAAUUGGUCUUUCUUAUCUUGCAAAUGGUUUGGGCUCGAUGGUUGGCUCGAUAUGGGGAGGACGUUUAAUGACAUACUAUUACGAAAGACAAUCACAAAAGUUUAAAAAGGCUUGGGCUGAAGAGCAUGGUACUGAAACUGAAAUUAAUCCAUUGGCGUUUGAUAUUGUCAAAACGAGGAUAAAACCUGGAUUUUAUCUCUCAUUUAUAAUGAUGAUCGGCUGCAUAGUUUUUGGAUGGACAAUAGAAAAAAAAAUUCAUUGGAUUGUCCCGAUUGUUAUGACGUUGUUUAUAUCUCUUACUGGUGUCAUGUUUGUCACUAUUUCAAAUACAUUAAUGGUCGACUUAUUUCCUGAAGAAUCUUCUAGUGCCUCGGCUUGUGUUAAUCUAGUUCGUUGUCUACUUUGUGCAGUGGGAACUGCCGUUAUUGACCGCAUGGAUAGAAAGUUAGGAACUGGAGGAUCAAUGACACUUCUUUCUGGAAUAUGUGGGAUUUCACUUGUUGGGCUGGUGGUCGAAUACAAGUAUGGGAUGGAAUGGAAUAGAAAACGUCUUUCUAAUAAAACAUUGGCCAAUAAUAUCUAUUCUUAA